AUGGAGCAGCCAGCUUCUUUUACCACUGCAGUCGUUCCGCCUGGUCCGAGGAGGUUGCUUACUAAAAUCAUCGAUCACAAUGCGACCUUCUACCCUACAAAAGUUUACGCCGCCUUCCCACGAACCGAAUCAAUAGAGGAUGGAUUUCGGGAGCUCACGUACAAGGGUUUCUCAAAUGCAAUCAAUCGGGCAGCAUGGUGGCUUGACGAGACUUUGGGCGGAUCCGUAGACUUCGACACGGACUUGAGCACUUUCGCUUACUUCGGUCCAAGAGACAUUAGAUAUAGCAUUCUCGCAGUGGCGGCCAUCAAAACAGGCCGGAAGAUCUUGUUUCCGUCCAACGAGUGCUCUGAAGUAGGACUCCUUUCGCUCAUGGAUGACACAGGAUGCACAGACGUGAUACUUGGACCGGCCGAGAUGUCCAUGCCACUCAUUGAGCUGGCGCUCGCUCUAAGGCCAGACGUGCGUCGUUUCGUUGUGCCUGGGCUGGAAGAGUUGGUAGAUUGGGAAGAAGUACCGCAAUAUCCCUACGAUAAAACUUUCGAGGAUGCGGAGCAUGACCAGUUCAUGAUUCUGCACACCUCUUGCACAACGGAGAAGCCAAUACCAAUUUUGUAUUCAAAUGGACAAGUGGCGACCUUGGACGCUCAGAGGCAUAUGCCAGAGAAUGAAGGCUUGUUGUGGUGGCGGUUGCUCCCAGGCAAGCGUCUUCACUCGUCAAUGGAACUACAAAUUGCCCACGUAUUCUCGUGUCUACUACUUCCUGUGUACUUUGACGCGACAAUCGUUCUCGGGCCAGGGGAUCAACCCUUAACCGCAUCCAUGCUGGAGCAAAUCUACGACCUCGGUGCUGUCGACGGAGGACUAUAUUCGCCGUUCACCAUCGAAGCAGCCUGUCACUUUCCCAUAGCGUUGUCAAAGAUGAAGAAGCUCGACUUCGUCAUAUACACCGGGGGAACGCUCCCUCGCGCCGCCGCCAACGCCCUCACCAGCGACGGCACCACCAAGUUACACUGCAUGCUCGCCAACAAUAAGGUCGGCGUAUUGCCGAUCUAUUUGCAAAAGCCACGGGAAUGGUUCUGCUUCCGCUUCCAUCCUUGGCUCGGCUACGAGAUGAGACGGCGCAACCGUGAUAGGCGCUUCGAGCUCGUCAUCCAACGCACCCCCCAGCUUGCGGCCUUCCAGGGUGUAUUCUAUAUGAGCCCUAGGGCGAGGGUUUUCAGGUGCCAGGAAAUCUUCGACCCACAUCCCGAUCAACCAGUGCUCUGGCUCUACCUGGGCCCCGCUGAUGCUAUGAUCACUUUCGCGUACGGAGGAGAUCUUGACCCGCUGCCCAUGGAAGAAAUCAUCCGCCAGGACCCGCUGAUAAAUGCUGCUAUCAUUGGAGGCAAUGGAAGGCCCAGGCCGUUCCUGCUGCUUGAGUUGGCAGCGGACUUUGAAAGAGUGAAAGAGGUCGUCCUGGACAGAAUCUGGCCGGUAAUUGAUGCGGCAAACAGGAAAUGUCCCGAGUACAUAAAGCUGACGAGGCCGUUGGUUCUUUUCACUGAUCCGGGAGUACCACUUCGCAGAACUCUGCCAGGAACUGCUUACGUGGACCGAUACAGGAGCUUUGGGGAUUACCAAGAGGAUAUUGACGAGCUGUACGAUCGUUUCUUCAUGAAGCAGAUGGCGCUACCGCUGCGUACCAGAUAA